UAAAUCAAGUUAUAUGUUUUUGUGAAAUUUAUUUCCUUUCAUUUGAAUUAUUAAAAUGAAAGUGACCACACAAUGUCUGAUAUUGAGGAUGAUCAGUUUCACCGCAAGACAGUUAAAAUCACAAUUCUCGGGGAACCUUUUACUGGAAAAAGCAGUCUAUGUCAACGUUAUUUGAGUAAUAGCCCUCGAGCACCAGGUGGCACAACCCAUGGAGCUGAAGUACUUGCUGGACAGUGUCUAGGCCUUCGCCCUCCCGUGCCACUGCAUUUGUGUGAUGUUGCAGGCAACAGUCUCUCUACUGGAAUGCUUCGAAACUACUUGUAUGCGUCCGAUCUAGUGCUAUUUGUUUAUGAUUUGACAAAUUUACAAAGCUUUGAAAAGUUAAAUGUAUGGAUAGAGAAAGUUAAAGAGAUUUUUGAACAAGAACCAAAGAAACCUUUAAUGGCUUUGUUUGGUAACAAAUCGGAUUUAGAACAUCAGAGAGCUGUUCGAUUUUCAUGUGUUAAGAAAUUUGCUUCAAAGUAUUUAUUGGAACAUUUCAAAGGAUCUGCCAGAACUGGAGAAAUGGUAAACUAUGCAUUCACAAAUCUAAUUGCUCGAGUACUGGGGUUGCCAGUACAAAGUUCUCCAGUAGCAAUUCCCUCAAAGUCAGAAAAUGAGUUGGAACUACCCAACAGUCCAGCUCAAACGGAUGGUGUAUCAACAUCGCCCUUAAUAAUGAAUAGAAAAACUCUAAGAAAAAUACAAAGAAAGGCUUCGUCGUCUGUCUGUUCUGUUCAAUGAUAAUAAAUUUUAUAAUUCGUACAAUGGUCAUUUUAUUAUAUUUUCGCAUAAAAUAAUUGAUUUGUCAUCUUUAUAGGUGUUUAAAACACCUAUAUC